AUGGACACAGCUUUACAGACCAAGCCUUGUAGAUUUGGUGAUAAGAAUACUAGUGACAUUGUUAUAUGCUUGAAGAAUAGAGAAGGGAUACCGAAACAGUUCUGCAGCCAUUCCUCUGUUCUCAUAAAUAAGAGCAAGUACUUUGCCAAUAGGCUUUCUCAUCCAGGCUCUAAUAACUCUAAUAGUUGCAUUGAUAUUUAUUGCUCAGAGGUUAACUAUGAUCACCAUGUCAACCUGUUGAGGCUUCUGUAUCUUCCAACAGACUCAAUUUUGGAUUCAUUCGACUCUGUGAAAUCUGCCGUUGGUAUUCUUCAGUUAGCCGUUGUUUUCCAGUGUGAAGAGAUUGCAUGCUGCUGCAUCCAGUACUUGGAGGCUGUUCCUUGGGAGGACAAAGAAGAGGAACUUAUCCUAAAAGCAGUUUCCAAAUUGGGUCCAAUAGCUAUGCCCAUAUUAGCUAGGAUCCAACCUGUUGAUUUAGCUGCCACCAAAGAUGUUUUUGUCUCAGCAGUUCGCAUCGCCACAUCCAUUGCUGGACCAUGUCCUCCAUUUGGCAACGAGCUUAAAACGUCUGCUCAAGAACAAGUUGAAUUCAUGUUAGGAGAAGAUGAGGAUGCACCGUUGGUCACAGCCGAUGAGGAAGUAAAAUCAGUGUUGAGAUUGGGCCUAUCCCAGAUUUAUUCAUCAUUUGAAAAGGAAUUGUCUUCCCUGCUUUUGGAGCCCGACCUUGUGUCCGAGAGAGCAGAGGAGAAAAUAUUGCACAGCUUAUCUGACCUUGAAUGGAUGUGUAACAUACUUGGGAAGAUGGAUUUAAUGAAGGAUUUUGUCUCCAACUGGGCUGAAAGCUCCAGUAAUGUUUUAGGGGUGGUUGAGAAUAAUAAACUUGAUUCUUUUGUGUGGGGUUUGAAAAUAAAGCUCAUAGAAAUUACUGCUAAAGUCCUGGAAGCAGUUGGCUAUGGCAAUGUGAUUCUUCCAACUCCAAUCCGGUUGACAUUACUAAAGACAUGGCUUCCUUACAUAAGGAAGAUGAAGCCCCUUCUGGAUUCAAAGGGCAGUGAGGAGACAGGUUUUCCGUACAAGAUGAGUGAAGACUUGUGCCAGAGCAUAGAAGGGGCCAUGGUGACCUUGGUACUGGCAUUGCCGUCGAACGAUCAAGCAGACAUUCUGGCAGACUGGAUGGGAGCCGAGCAGGUUCGGUAUCCCGACUUGAGUGAGGCCUUUGAGGUCUGGUGUUUCAGAACAAAGUCUGCAAAGAGAAGAUUAGUGGAGAGCUUGGAUGGGGCUGGCAAUGCCACUGUUAGCCUCUGA